GCCAAUCCGGCUCUCUAAUUAAAAUGGCAGCGCCCUUCAAAUGUGUGUUCGAGCACCGUCUAAGUUCAGCGAUGAAGCCGUGAGCGUUGAGGGCGUGUUUGUUUAAUUUUGCUGCGUUGUCGUAAGUUUUAUGUUGUGUUUUUUUAUCACGAACACAGCUACGCGAUGAGCGGGCGCCUCUUGAUGUUAUGCCAAGGACUCGGGCGUUUCACGCCGAACUUUCUGCGCGUGCGGGCAGCAGCACGAAUAGCUUCGCCGGCCGGCAACAGCGGCGGCAGCUCGUUACGGGCGACCCGUGCGAACAGCUCAUCUGUGCAGGGCACGCCGCAACCGUCGGCGAAACUGCCUUUCGAAGUGGACACGAACGUUGCCAAACCAACGGAGAUCUAUCGCUUCGACAAGUUCAAUGUGUUCGGGGCUCUUCGGGUGUUCACUGUGACGCAAAUGUUUCUCUGGGCCUACAUGGCUCACGUCUGUUACACAAUCACCGAUCCACGGAAUGCUCCACCACCGGACCUGAACACUAGUGGUAGGGUCGGCGGACUGCUGCAGUUCCUUCGCGACCGCUUGACUACUGACCCGUACCGCUACGGCUUGACGGCCUUCUGCGUAGCAAUCGGCACUUUGGUGGUUACGAGUAGCAGCAUAUUCCUCCUGCGUAGCGUGCGCUCCAUCGUGCUGCUGAAGGGCGGCCAGCAAGUGUUUGUGCAGACGUACGCGCCAUUUGUGGAGCUGCGUGCCUUCGAGGUUCCGCUGGAACACAUCAGCUGCCGCCAGUCGCGACUCCAGAAGUCCAGCUACAUUUCGCUCAAGAUAAAGGGCCACCGGCUGUACUAUAUGCUCGACCAGCGGGGCAUCUUCCCGCAUCCCAAGCUGUUCGACAACACCGUGGGCGUCGCGCGGAAGCUGAAGUAAAAUGGCCCGAGGGACUGUCACUGGCCGGCGAGUCGGUCGAUUAGUGGCUGUUCGUUUGAAACAUCGGUACACACAACUGGUUAGCACAGCACCAAAGCUGUGUGGUCGCGUGUCUACGGUAGAGUCUUUAGCACCGUGGAGGUGAGAGAGCUUUAAGUUAGCCUGCCUGUAACCAUAUUACCAUUCACGGAAUACCGGAGGCAUGAAAAACGUGAACGUUUAUAGUAGCGCUUGUGGCACCAUAUUAUUGUGACGUUAAAUAUAACUUGAGCACAAAUAUAUAUAUAUAUAUAUAUUGCCAUGUGCAUAACAGCCAACCGUUAAGCAUGUGGCAAUAUAUUGCAGUGACAGGCUAUGGGCUUUAUUUGCUACUCAGCGAGCAGUACGCAACACAGGCACGUUCCUGAUAAUUUGUGGUUGAACAAACCUCCACAAGCUGUCGCCACCUAGCGUGCUGCCGCCACCUACGUCUCUAGUGUUCCAGUAGUGCGUGAACUGCACUACGUUUAAAAAAGCGCUGUUGUUUGGCGUCUACCUGGGGUGCUAUUGCUAUUCUGGACAGUAACAAAUUCCGCCGUAGUGUCAAAUUCGCCAUCUUCUCAACUCUUAUUGGCCGAGAGGGAUACUAUGGCCUCUCCGUUUGGCUCAAAAUGGUGUCAUUACAGAAUUUGACAAGAGCACACCUGUCCACUGUUGUACCCUUCUACUGUGCAGAAAUUUAUCUUCUGGUCAAUCUAAGCCUCGCUCACGUAAAGUAUUGCGCAGAUGUGGCAUUGUGCCAUGGGUUUUGCUUACUGUAUACCAUGUUUGGAUGGAUGGCCUUGGCCUCCCCCUGUAAUGUCCAGAAUAAAUCAGUUCUAUGCGUCGCCUU